GUGAGGGGGCAAGAAAAACAAGCAGCGGGGGCCACAGGACGAAUACACUGACCGUCCCGAAUACCAAGAAUUCCGAGAUGCGCGGGUAGUUGUAGACAAGUUGUGUAGAAGAAGUAGUUUCGACCAGCAUGUAGUUUUUGCGCUUGAACAUACAAGCGGGAUGUAAGUACUUGUUUAUUUUUGCCUCAUAGUAUAGCAUCACAACAAUUACUAUCACAGUGCACGAUGGAAAUACAACAGUGAUUUCAGCGGUCACUGUUAUUAUGAUCAUUCAUGGUCGUGGUAUCAAAAAAAAAAACAGGUACACCACUACCGGUUUUCAAACGCAGGAAGCACCAGAUCAGGCGAACAAUUUUUUCCGCAUGCCUUUCAUCCGGGACACGACCAACGGGAGCAGCUUCAAGGUCGCGGUCGAUGCCGCCUUAUGAAAUGUAUAAAAUGUCUGGGUCUGGAAAAUUGCCAGGUUUGUCAUGCAUAUUUUGGAUGACCCAGAAUGCCUGUAAUGCACGAUAUAGCUGCAUCACAGACUUUUAGAGGGAUUCCUGAUGCCUAUUCCGCAUGAGAAAUGCCCUCUCCACGUAGCAAGAACUGGACACGACCUGUUGCUGGUCAUGCAAUACAAGUUUUUUUUGGAAUCCAAACACAGCAUCACAAGUUGCAACCUUUCAGACCCAGACAUAUUUGCAAUCCAUACGUCUGCGAGACCGUGGUGCGCCAGGUGGUUGGGCACGCGGGGGAGCAACCUGUAGUGCUCUAUCAAGUGCAAAAAUGUCUGGGUCUGGAAACUUGCGAUGCAAGUCAGUCAAUAACAAAUGCACUGUAAUGCGCCGCCAAGCAUGACAAGUUGCUUCGUGCUUCUGUGCUGCGUAUUCCGCAUGAGAAACUGCGUUGUUGCAUGACAGGCGAGAAAGGCUGUUUCGAUGGCCCCACGCAAUACAGAUUUAAGGGCCAUGCCAGAUCAGCAUGACAAAUCUCGCAAUCUUCCAGACCCAGACAUUUUUGCAUUUGAUAUGCUCGAGACCACGACAAUGAAUAUGGGACGACCACGGGACAGUAGUUCUGCGGGCGGGGUAGAAGUGAACGCGCUAUCCGGUAAUAAGACCUUCCAGCAAGAAACCGAGGGUCGUACUUCUGGAGGCGGACAAGAACUCCGAGAAGCACGAGCUGGACCGGCUGCUGCUUCGGCAUCCUCUUCCUCCUCCCCUGCGACAAGUACUUAUGUGCUGCGAAAGACGCUGACGCAUUUCCAAGAAACCAUGAAAAUAUUGGAGAAGUACUGCGUUCCGGAUCCCGCUACUGCGAGUGUGACGACGUCGUCUUCGUCGUCGUUAUUUUCCGGCAUUUUGAUGGCUGGGGCUGCGGGACCUGGUUCUCAUCGUAGUGGAUCUUCACGACAGCAAGGACAAAUCUCCACGACCUGUUUGAAGUUGGAUGGCGCGAGCAACGCUCCCGUCGCGUUUUUGCAGGAGUACUGCCAGUAUCUGGAUCACGAGUGCCAGCGCGUCGUGUUGACAUCUUCGAGAGGUUAUCAAAAUGAAAAAUCCCCCCACCCCAUACUCAAACUAGAAAUUUGUGAUGCAGAUUUGUGGCCACAAAUCAGCUUUGUCAUGCUAGAAGGGAAAAGAUGCGGACUGUAGUGGUGGUUGGCGUGGAAAAGCCUUGCAUCUUCAGCAUGACAGGGGGCAGCUGGAAGUGGGAAACAGCAUGACAAAUUGCCUGUAAACGAGGCCACAGCUGCGUCUCUUGGCCUUCUAGCAUUACACGUCGAUUUGUUCGCUCAAAUAGAGCAUCACAAAUUUCGUUUUCGAUAUGGGGAGGGGGGAUUUUUCCGUACGAUAGAGGUGCAGCAUCGGGUGGUGCCGGUGGUGGUCAAAAUCCCAACUACCCUUUCGCGACGACCUCUGGUAAUAUGGAGGAGCCCGGUGUUGACAACUCAGGGAGUAGAAUUAUUUCAUCGUCCCUCCAUGACGCAAUGACCGAAGAGCUGCUGGACCGUUUUCUGUACGCGAAAAACAUUUUCCAGCUUCUCCUCGCACUCGAAACCGGGAAUUUCGCACAGUGGCUCUCGCAGAAAGUGCUGAAAGAGUUUGAGGAGUACGAUAAGAACUUCCGCAUGACGAAAACUUCGAAUCAUGCAACGGCGACAAUGUCCUCCAACCUCCGCGUGUUAACGCACGAGGAAGAGCAGACCCAGGUGCUGACGAAGGUCUUCUAUUGCCUACUCGCGAACGACUUGCAGCAGGCCUGCACGGUUCUGCUUGUUGCCGAGGAGCAGCAGGGACUUGAAUUCGAGCGGCUACUGCAGAUCAUCACGGCGCUAUCGCAAGAAAAAAGUGUUACAGUUACACGUUGCGUUGCAGGCAUAGCAAGACAGACAAGCUCUGUCAUGCUGGAUAUGCAUAGAAGCUUUGUUUCCUGCGUGUUUCCCCGUAUGAUUUCUGCAAUGCAAGUUUUCUCUCGUCUCAUGCAGAGAAAUUUGUGAUGCUAAAUUGGCAACAAAUAUGUAACUGUAACACGUUUUUCGUGUGAUAGGCGCUGGCGCCCGGGGAGGAGGGAGCCGGCCGGGUGGACCGGAAAUACAUGGCGGAUCAGGUACCGAGCCAUAAUUAAAUUUUUUUCCGAUAAAAAAGAUGCUUGUUCUGCGUCUGUUGGCGAGGUUUUGCUUGUUCCGUGCGUUGUAAGAACAUGUGUGAAGUAGACGCAGAGUACUUAGAAUCUUUAGUGCCGAGCCGAGGAUGUAGCUAUAGUGCAGGUUCUCCUGAAUAAAGAACCACACAUCACUAUACCACCCAAAAUAAAGGUAAACCACUGGACCCAGCUGUCCGCGGAAACCGAGAUGCCGGAAAAGCUGUGGGACAUUUACUGUCUCCUGGCCGGGAAACUGAAGCAGAUUCACAUGUUCAAGACCAGUGAAAACUUGACCUGCUGGACCUUACUCGCUGCGUGCUACUGGUACGGGGAGAACUACGACGAUAAUGUUUCAACAAAUUCGACAUCGACUUCCCCACCCCCCGGCGGCGCGCGCCAAAAUUUGCGACUGGAGAGCAGUCUGAAAAUCACCCUCGAGCAGCUGCACGCCGUCGGUGUGCAGAUGGUGGGAGGGAACAAGAAUUAUGACGGUAUUAACAAGAAGAUAAACAACCCCCACGGUUGUAACAAGCGAGGCAGUAGCGGGGUAAAAGGUACUACAGCAGGAGGACCAUAUUCUACAACUUCGAUGCAGGGUACUAGUUCUUGCAUGAUCUUGAAAACGGCGGCGCAGGAAUGUGCGGAGCACGUGGAGCUGUCUUUGCUGAAACUCGCCACCGGGAGCAAGCAUUUCCCGGCCGACGCGAGCGAUUUGAAAUGGAUAUUCCCGGCUAGUAGUAGUUGUACCAGCAGGAGCAGCAGUUCGUCUUUCAUUGAAACCGACUGGCUGCUUGCGGUAUUGCUCCUAUCCCAGAGAAAAAAGCAGGCAGGGCAAAUUUGUAUGUAAUGCAAAAGUAGAUACGUAGAAGAAUCUAUCGUGGGCGGCCCCAUAGCAUGCUGUUUAGGAUGCGCUAUACAGAUUUUUUUGCCUAUGUGUUUUUGCAUUACAAAUAUCACCUGCCGGCUUUUUUUUGUGUGAUUACUCCGGGCGUUUAACAAGUGUGGCCAGUACCGGGAGUCUGACAGCCAGUUUGCGCAACUGUGUGAACUAUCAAAUGCAAAAGGGUCUGGGUCUGGAAGGAUGUAACCUGUGAUGCGCAUUUCGGAACACACAAAAAUCUCUCAUGCAUAGGUAGCAAGAGCUGCUCAAUUUCUGUCACCAAAAUGGGGGAUUUGUCAUGCGGGUUCGGCAUUGCGGAAGCUUCUCGAACCCUGUGAUGCUAGAGCUUCCAUGCCAGACCUUCUGUGUCAUGCAGAAGCAGCACGACGCUUCCAGACCCAGACACUUUUACAUUUGAUAUGAACGGUUGGUAUUGCAUAUCGAACGGUUGGGGGCGAGCCAGAGUGGAGGACGUCGUGGGGCAGCUGAUAGGUCUGAGUUCAGCGUCGGAGAAGGACGAGAAGUAGGAGCUUCAUCACCAUAUAGUAAUUACAGACCUACAUCUUCGCCCGGGGCGGGGGACCACGAGCUCGACGGGCUUCGGGUGUAUAAUCAGCAGCGAAACAGGAGCAGUAAAACUGCGUCCAUUUUCGUCGCUCUCUUCAUCCCGGUGGUGCCAUCGCGAGAGCGAAUUAUCAAAGUGAAAAAAGCCCCCACCCCAUAUCGGAAACGGAAGAUGCGCGAAUUUGUGAUGCUGUAUUUGAGGACACAAGUCGACUUGUUUUGCUAGAAGGCCAAGAGACGAAGCUGUGGCCUCUUUGCAGGUAAUCUGUCAUGCUGUUUCCCACUUCCAGUUGCCUUCUGUCAUCCUGGAGCUGCAAGGCGUUCCCACGCUAGAAAGCACUACAGUCCGCAUCUUUUGCCUUCUAGCAUCACAAAGCUGAUUUGUGGCCACAAAUCUGCAUCACAGAUUUCCGUUUUGAUAUGGGGAGGGGGCGUUUUUCAUUGUAAUACGAAUUUUGGGCAAACUCCUGCAAACCUUCGACUUCCCGAAAAACGUGGCAGACAGACUGCGGGUGCUCAGUUCGUGGCAGGUAGUACAGGAGUGAUGUUUGGAGGAUCAUUUAUAUUUAUUCUUGUAGGAGCUGCUCGUCCUUCUGGAUCUGCUUCAGAAGAUGAAACAAAUUCUGCCUGUGUGGUACUCGUACUUCUGACAGGUGCAAUUUUGUCAUGUAUGGAUGGUUCAUCGCGCCUGCAAACUUUCAUCUCAUCGCCCCAGGUUCUCCCGGAAAAGCACCUCCUUGUGAUGCAGCUCGCGCGACAGAGGCAGCACCAGGACGUGAUUGGAGUAGCGAAAACAUUGGAGGAGCUCAUACGGCUUCUCGAGUACCAGCUGCACACGAUAGAGAAUGAUUUUACCAGUGGUCAACUACAUGGUGCUCAACAGCAGCAGGUCGUGGCAAGCAACAACAUGUACUUCUUCGCCGGAAGUGCAGCUGGUACUUCUAACAUCUUCUCCGCCGGUCCAGCUUCUUCUUCUAUACCGCCCCAGCAGCAGCAGCAGCGGUUGACGGUGCAGCUCCAACAAGAGCUGGAACAUUGCGUCCGGCAACUGAAGAACGUUGUUCUAAAAAAGCUCUUUCCCAUCGUCCUCAAGAGUUGCGUCAAACGGGGCAUGUCCAUUCCCCUGAAGGAGGAGCCGCUGACCCCGGAGGUGAAGAGAAAUCUGAUCAAAAUCGUGCACCUGAAACACAGCCAGAAGCAACUGGAGCAGAACUUGAAGACGCGGUUGGAAAAAAACACGAUCGGCACGACGCAGCUGCAAAUCUUGGUGGAGACCGCGUAUGAUCGCGCGAUUAUUGAGUGCAAAGACCGAUUGGAGGUUUUAAGUGCAGUAUCAAAUGCAAAAGUAUCGUAGUCGUAGUAAUCGCAGUCACGCAUCACAAAUCUCCUUAUUAACCUGAACCCGCAUUACAAAUUCAGUUUUUCAUGCUGAAGGAAUUUCUCAUGCGAUUUCUACUAGUACGAUGCUUUUGGAUUUCAUAUGCAGCGGAGCGGGACAAAAUGAGUGUCGUCGAACAGGCAAGUCUGGCGUUUUCAUCCAGGGAAAAGAGCUAUGUGGAGAACCACAGGGAAAAAAAAGGAACAGCAGCAUCAAAAACGGACGGCACACAGAGUAAAAAUGAAGACGGGAACAAGAUGAGAAAUACUAGUCGUGCAAGUACAGCCAAACAAACAGAACUUGAGAGGACACUUCGCCUGUUAAAAAAUCUGGAGGACGCGCGGAAGCGAAACUGCGAGCUGAACCCAUUGGAACAGCCACAGUCGGUGUUUGAAGAGAAUUACAAGCGUAUUGCACGGAAAAAUCACCCCUCCCCAUAUUGAAAGCGCGUCAUUCUGAAAAUUUGUGAUGCAGAUUUGUGACCACAAAGCAGGUCUGCCUUGCAAGAAGGCACAUGCAGGUUGUCCGCCACGUUAUGCAGGCGCUUUGUAAUGCUGUAGGGCCUACAGGGUAGCCGUCUACCAUGCUAGGCGUGUACACCGAAAGGCCCUUCCCUGGCUUAGGAUCUGCGUGCAGUCCUCUACUGCAACACAAAUCUGAUUCGUGUAUCCAAAUCCGGCAUCAGAAAUUUUGCUUUGAUAUGGGGAGAGGGGAUUUUUCCUUUUGAUAAGGCGAGAAUUGAAGGUGAAGCCGGCGAACCGGCUCAAAGGGCGGUGUUUGAGGCACAAAUCUCUCCUGUACGACGCACUGAAGCAGUGCUGCGACGCCUAUCCCACAGAAAAAAGCGGGCAGGGCAUAUUUGUAAUGCAAAAAUAAAUACACAGAAAAAUCUGCCAUGGGCGGCCUGAUAGCAUGCUGUUUAGGAUACGCAAUACAGUUUUUUUUGUGUAUUUGUUUUUGCAUUACAAAUGUGACCUGCCAGCUUUUUUCUGUGGGAUAACGCCAACACGGUGCACACAGUGUUCGACGACAUCUCUAUCAAACAGCAGAAAUUGUGCCUGCAGGAAGUCAAGCAAACGACGAGCAAUGCGAUAAACCCCUCAAAUUUGUCCAACAGCAGCCUUCUCAACGCGAGCGUCGAUGCGCUGUGCGCGGGUGUCCGUAUCGCGCUGGCGUACGAGAAGUACGACAGCCUGGCGGAGUUUCUGUACCAGAAGCUGGUUUUCCUCGGCCAGAAACUGCCGCGGCUGCAGAACGACUUGUGCUACGAAUUGAUCCUGCAAUACCGCACGCAUGUGAGGCAAGCGCGGUUUCUGUUGCCCGCCGGGGAAGAAGGUAAUGCAGGUGGCGCGGCGGCGGCACCCAUUGGGGCUACUACAACCACCGGGUUGAGUUGUACUAACGGCAGCGCUAUGGAGGUGGACGCAGAUACAGGUAAAGCGACAACGCCACAGGAUCGGGAUUUCCUCGUCCCACUCAGGCUCAUGUGCGACGCGCUCGACGCGUUUCCGAUUUAUUAGAACUGGAAGGACGUGAGCAGAUGACUGGGUCGUGAGGUUACUUACUGCUAUGGUACGACACUGCCUGAGCGUUUGAAGAUGCCUCACGUAGUAGUACCUAUGUAAUGACGUACCCACUCUCUGAUCUAAGGCGCCAGCGACGAGAAUAUGAUCGAAAAAUAGAAAUCUAUGACGAAUACAAGUAUUUUCAAAAAAACGACGACAAAAGCGAUGAGCGAACAAAUACUCAGGACAAGAAAUUGAAUUCAGGACAUGAGAACUUCAGGCCCACCUAUUUG